CAACAUGAACAGUGGAAAACCGCCCAAAACCAAUUAUAUCAACAAAGCAUGGAAAAUUUUAUGGAAACAGCUCGUAAACAAGUACAAGAACACGAAGCCAUCAUAAAACAAUUAAAUGACCAACAGUCCAAGGAUUUGACAACAGAAAAUGACAAAAAGACCAAAUACCUUGAAGAAACUUACAAAGAACAAACCACCACGUUAAGACAAACCAUAGAUGAUCUUCCAGAGCAAAUACGCCACCUAGAACAGCAACUCACUGACGCCACAUAUCAGCACCAGCAAACUCUCAGCCAAACCAAACAUCACCUCCAGCUACAGAUACAUGAAGAGAAAGCAAAAAAUACCCUACUUGACGUUCAAUUAACUCACAUCCAAGCCAAGGAGAAACAGUACUUGUCAGAGUUAGCAACACUGAAACAGGAACUUCAAAGAGCUUUCCACCACUCCUCUGAUUUGCAAGCAAAAGCAAAUACUCGACCUCAAUCAGCUCACUCGUCUACUACUGAUGAUGGCGAUAUGUAUACCUCGCCUUUACAACACUCUUAA